AUGACCCCGUCCAAGAGCGGUGUUUCUGCCCUCACAGCUAAACAUCCCGAUGAUAUCGUCAUAACGUGCGCUCUCCGGACGGCCAUCACCAAGGGUGGCCGUGGUGGCUUCAAAGAUACCGCCGCGGCUGAUCUUUUGGCUGGUGUCUUCAAAGCCGUGAUCGAUCAGUCGAAAAUUGACCCAUCUCUCGUGGAAGAUAUUGCUGUCGGGUCGGUACUACCUCCCGGUGGUGGUGCUACCGAAUUCCGCGCUGCUGCUUUGGUUGCUGGAUUUCCUGAGGGAACCGCUGUAAAGGCGUUGAACAGACAAUGCUCCAGUGGAUUACAGGCGAUCGUUGAUAUUGCAAAUGAAUUGAAGGCUGGUGUUAUUGAUGUUGGCAUUGGCGCUGGUGUGGAGAGCAUGUCCUCUCAGUAUGGACCCGGUGCUGUCUCCGAAUUUUCUGAACUCCUCGAAAACCACACUGAAGCCGCAAACUGCAAAGUCCCCAUGGGUAUCUUGUCGGAGGACAUGGCCAAGGACCUUAAGAUCAGCCGUGCGGAACAAGACGUUUUCGCGGCCUCAUCCUACCAAAAGGCCGAAAAGGCCCAAAAGGAGGGCCUUUUCAACGAGGAAAUCGUCCCUCUCAGCGUUAAAUUCACCGACCCAAAGACCAACGAAGAGAAGACUAUCGUCGUCAACAAGGACGAUGGCGUUAGGGCCGGCAUGACGCCCGAUUCCCUCGCAAAAAUCAAACCCGCCUUCGCAAAGGACGGUAGCAUUCACGCCGGAAACUCAUCUCAAAUUUCCGACGGCGCCGCUGCCGUCUUACUCAUGAAGCGUUCCACAGCCGAACGGCUCGGCCAAAAGAUCAUCGGCAAAUACGUUACUGCCAGCGUUGUCGGCGUGAAGCCACUUCUCAUGGGCCAAGGCCCAUGGAAGGCCAUCCCCGUGGCGUUGCAAAAGGCCGGAAUCACCAAGGAAGAUGUCGAUAUUUACGAAAUCAACGAGGCCUUUGCUUCUCAGUGCUUGUGGUGCGCCAAGGAGCUUGGUUUGCCCAUGGAGAAGAUCAACCCCAAGGGCGGUGCCAUUGCAUUCGGCCAUCCGCUCGGAUGCACUGGAUCCAGACAGGUUAGCACGUUGCUGACGGAGUUGAAGAGGACGAACAAGAAGAUUGGCGUCACUAGCAUGUGCGUUGGAACUGGCAUGGGUAUGGCGGCUGUUUGGGUUGCCGAGUAA